GCAGGGUAAACACGACAAACGGCUCAUUAGUCCUCAGCGCGAUGCAACCUAAAAUUACAGCAGAUGCAAAACUAAAACAACAUCAGCACCGAGUGCCAGCAGGACCAGGCCCUCGAGCUCUCUACGCGGCUGUCGUGGGGCGAGCGGUGCUGCCGCUUUGCCAGCCACGUGGCUGUUUCUCACGCGGUCGCAGAGCCACUGACCAACGACCCAGCAAGGCCGCUCCUGGGCGUUGACUCCAGGAAGUGGAAACUCAGCAACCUGCAAAACAGUGCGCACAAACAACGUCACAGCAGACCCGCUCCUGACCCUCACAAACAGGACGAUGAGAGCGCCCUCUGCCCCUCAUGGAGACACGGACUGUGGGCAUCCCACACUGGAAUCCUCCCGAGCCACACAGAAACAAACAACCUGAUGUGUGUGGCAUCUUGGAUGACUCCUGUGGGCUUUUUGCCAAGUGAACAAAGCCGGGUCCAAAAGACAAGGUGUGGUCCCAUCCCAGUGGGAACCUGCCAACUGAAGGCCCAGGGCCGUGAUUUCUCAGAGAGACGCAGCUGAGGGAGGACCGCUCACAGAAUGUCACACAGGGAAUUUGCUUGUCUCACAUGAGGGGAUCCUUGAGGGGUGGAGGCCCUGGGGCUGCAGUGGUUGUAACAGAACUCUGCACAUUUGAAUCUCAGAGCCAUACCCCGCCAAGAGUGCACUGGGGGCCACUCUAUGACUAGUUCCCGGAAGGUCAAGUUCAGCAGCUCGGCUUGCUUCUCCUGAAGAAGCUAAGAGCCUUUGCCUGACUUUUGCUGCCUUUUGUGCUCUUCCUUGUUUUUGUCUCUUCUGCUUCCCCUGGGAUUAGAUUUCCGUUUUGCUGGAGGCUUUCAGGGUUUUAACUCUGCUGUUAGAUACAUCAGCUUUGGUCCAGUUUGCCCAGAUGUGGCUGAAAUUUCCAGUCCUGAGGUCCACAUUUCCCUUGGACUCUGGGGAGCCUUCUUCUUGCCCCUUUUGCCACUUGGUCUGGAAAGCCUGUCUUCCUGGGGGAUCUGUCUCUCCAAGUUUCCGUCACGGGCCACCUCCGCCAUGGCGCGUGGGUCUGGUGCCACUGCCUGGUCCCCCGGCCACCUUGGUGCUUCUCUGUCACCUGCCACAUGCUGUGCAGCAGCUCCAUGGCCGGCACAGUCUGCGCUCCGCCCCUCACCUCCUGGGCAGCAACUGCAGGCUGACAGGGUCCUCCAUCCCCAAGAUGUCUGCCUGGAGGACAGACAGAUCAGGGCAUCAGCCAGCCCUGGGCCACCACCACGACGUCCACAGGCUGAGCCGCCUUCGCAUAAACCACGGUGAGCGAGGGCACCAGGACUCAGUUCAAAACACCAACAAGGAAGGGACAGGAGCAAGGAGAGGAACUGCAACUAGGAAAGGGAAGGCCGCUGAAGCUCAAGGAGGAACAACACACAGCCUGGCCUGGUAUAAAAGCUGGGGCCCAGAGCACCUCACACACUCACUCACACACACAACUCUCACUCACUCACACCUCCCCAGUCCAACCCCGCCAUGGCCGCCUCCACCAUGUCCGUCUGCUCCAGCGCUUGCACCGAGCCCUGGCAGGUGGACGACUGCCCAGAGAGCUGCUGCGAGCCCUCCUGCUGUGAGCCCAGCUGCUGCCAGCCCAGCUGCUGCACCUCAGCCCCCUGCCUGAGCCUCAUCUGCCCCCCAUGCUGCCAGUCAGGCUGCACCAGCUCCUGCACGCCCACAUGCUGCCAGCAGUCCAGCUGCCAGCCGGCUUGCUGCUCCUCCUCCUGCCAGCCAUCCUGCUGCGUGCCCGCCUGCUGCACACCUGUCUGCUGCACACCUGUCUGCUGCAAACCUGUCUGCUGCACUCCUGUCUGCUGCACAUCCGCCUGCUCAGGCACCUCCUCCUCUUGGUGCCAGCAGUCUAGCUGCCAACCAGCUUGUUGCUCUUGUUCUCCCUGCCAGUCAUCCUGCUGCACACCUGCCUGCUGCAAGCCUGUCUGCUGCAAGCCUAUCUGCUGCACACCUGUGUGCUGUAAGCCUGUCUGCUGCACACCUGUCUGCUGCAAGCCUGUCUGCUGCACACCUGUGUGCUCAGGUGCCUCCUCCUCCUGCUGCCAGCCAGCUUGCUGCUCGUGCUCCCCCUGCCAGCCAUCCUGCUGCGUGCCUAUCUGCUGCAAGCCUGUCUGCUGCACACCCUCCUGCUCUUCCUUGUCCCUGCUCUGCCGCCCCGUGUGCAGACCUGCCUGCUGUGUGCCCUCCUCCUCCUGUUGUACCUCCUCCUGUGAGCCCAGCUGCUGCCGCCCAUCCUCCUGCAUGUCCCUGCUCUGCCGCCCCACCUGCCCCCGCCCGGCCUGCUGUGGCCUCUCCUUGGGCCAGAAGUCCUGCUGCUGAUUGGUCACCCCAAGGCGAGGGCUCUUGCUAUACCCUGCAGCCUGGUUCUGACCCGGGUUAGCAGGCUGCCCCUCCCUCUGGAGUCAGGGUCCCCCAUGUGUCCACUGUGCUGCCCUGGCCUCUCCCUCCUGCCUCCCAAGAGCCCUGCCUCCCUCAGAGUCACCGGUCCCUUCCUCCAGGUUCUCUGCUGUGUCACUCACCCUGGACCCUACCCCGUUAUCACCAGUAGGCUUCAAUAAACUUCCUUUCACCUGAUUCUCUGCCUCUCAUGCUCAUGGGGACACAGUCUGAGCCUGUCUGGAUCUCCCCCAGCUCUGGACAUUUCUAGGAGCAUAGAAAUUGCAAGAAGCAGUGGCUCACUGGGGUCACUGCUGGGACACAGGGCCUCGCCUUGGAGGGCUGUGCAUCUUCACCCGGCUCCAACACACAGAUGGACGGGUGGGUGGGGCUUCUCUGCUCCCCACUGUCCACACCCAUCUCCCUGCCUCCACUGUCCCGCUCUAAGACAGUCCUGGCCAUCACUCAGGGCUUGUUGUUACUGCGUCAGCCUGCAAGCAUCACUCCCAGGUCCCAUGAUGGGGCGGUUGGGGAAAGAGGUAUUCCCUGCUGUCCCUACAGUAACAUAGCCUGGACACACGGGCUCUCGGGAACUGAAAUUUUGGUGACAUCCAAG